GUUUGGUUGUUGCUCUGUUUGAAACAGCGAAAGACAGUUGAAAUCAGCAAUCGGAUUUUCACAAUUAGUAACUUUUUAACGACAUUAAAAGAUAUUUGCCCUCCGGAAUCGGGAAUGGUAAAAAUGACUGCGAUCAUCUCAACCAACGUCUUUGUGUGGGUCAACGUUCUCUGGUUGGACUAUACGAUAUUCACACCAUUAAUGAAUUCUACGUUCGUAAUAAUAAUCGUGCCGAAUGUAAUAUUCAGUUGGUUUCUAAUUCAGUAUACACUCAUGAUGAUCUCAAUGGAGACAAAAUUCCGGGCGAUAAAUCGGGGUAUCAUGCGUCUCUCCAAGCACAGCGGCACUUUUAUCGAGCUAGAUAGAUCGGGAAGGAUGAAGGAUCUUCAGAGGAUGCUUAACGUCCAUGGGAUAUUGCAUGAUAUAUGCUGUGAUAUAGUAGAUUGGUACUCGUUUCCAGUUUUGUUAGUUAUAACGGUUUCGUGUGGAGCAAUUGUAGCGACGUCUUACUAUUUAAUUGUCCCAUUUAUGGUGCAUGUUGCGGAGAUUCCGGUGUUGAGGAUUAUAGACAAAUUGGCCUACCUAGUUAUGCAAAUCUAUCCUAUUGUCACACUGACCAUUAGUAUUACCAAGCUCCGUCGUGAGGUGAAGUUUGCCUCAACAGCUGUCCAGAAACUUGUCGCCGAAUCUUUUCCAAAUCGACACCUGCAAUCUCAGUUAGAAGUAUUCGUGCUGAAACAUCUUCAUGAGCGAUUGAAAUUCACCUGCUGUGGUGUAUUUUCAUUGGACUGCAAACUUCUCCAUUCCAUCGCUAAUAUGACUGUAACCUACCUCGUCAUCAUAAUUCAGCUGCACGACAAUAAUAAAAUGCCCUAAGAUACUUUUAUAUAUUUUUGUAUGUAGAAAUUUUGUAUAAUUGAAAAGAAAUUGAUUUUUGUUCUGGAUUUAACAGCUGCAUAUUCAUUUGUCAGGGAAAAAUCACAUUGUGAAAAAGUACACAUUUUCUCCCAGUAUUAGAUAUAUU